UGUGCUUUCCUCCCAACAGCCUUCACCCAUAAAAAGUCAACUGAGCCACACACUGAGCCACCUCUGACCACACAGAAGACCACAGCUGCCACCUCCAUCAGCAGCACCUCCAAGACCUCUGUCUCCACAGAGACCAGCCCACCAAGCAGCACAGAACUCCCUCUGACCACAACAUCUCCAAAUCCCAGCUCUCCACCUGCUCCCAGCAGCCCACUCAGCACCCGGCUGCCAUCUGCUCCCAUUUCUACAGUCUAUUCCACAGCAGCUCCAAGCACCAGCCCCAGGCCUACACCUACAACCCUGAGGCCCAAGCCCUCUUCCCCAUUGACAAGUGCUCCACAAGAGUCUCCUACAGCAGAGUCCUCUGCACCCACCACAACCAAAACCAGCACAGUGCCAUCUUCUGCUCCUUCUCCCUCCUCAACUGUGUCCUCAACAUGGCUGAGCUCCUCACAGCCUGCCUUCACCCAUAAAAAGUCAACUGAGCCACACACUGAGCCACCUCUGACCACACAGAAGACCACAGCUGCCACCUCCAUCAGCAGCACCUCCAAGACCUCUGUCUCCACAGAGACCAGCCCACCAAGCAGCACAGAACUCCCUGUGACAACAUCAUCUCCAAAUCCCAGCUCUCCACCUGCCCCCAGCAGCCCACUCAGCACCCGGCUGCCAUCUGCUCCCACUUCCACAGUCUAUUCCACAGCAGCUCCAAGCACCAGCCCCAGGCCUACACCUACAACGCUGAGGCCCAAGCCCUCAUCUCCAAUGACAAGUGCUCCACAAGAGUCUCCUACAACAGAGGCCUCUGCACCCACCACAGUCAAAACCAGCACAGUGCCAUCUUCUGCUCCUUCUCCCUUCUCAACUGUGUCCUCACAGCCUGCCUUCACCCAUAAAAAGUCAACCGUGCCACACAUUGAGCCACCUCUGACCACACAGAAGACCACGGCUGUCACCUUCAUCAGCAGCACCUCCAAGACCUCUGUCUCCACAGAGACCAGCCCACCAAGCAGCACAGAACUCCCUCUGACCACAACAUCUCCAAAUCCCAGUUCUCCGCCUGCCCCCAGCAGCCCACUCAGCACGUGGCUGCCAUCUACUGCCUCGUCUACAUUCCCUUCUUUGUCCGCAACCGUCAGCACAAUGCCUACACCUACAUCCCUCACUACUUCCACAUUUAGGUCUGCCGAGAGCACUCCGUAUUCUUCUUUCCAAAACACCACAUUGCCUCCAUAUGGCAAAACAUCAUCUUUAGCCGUUCCUACCAGUAUCUCUGCCAAAUCCACUCCAGUGUUGGUCCCAACUGUUUUAUCUACAACGACAUUUGCUCCCCUUGUGAUCACUACUGCUUCUACAAAGUCGGCUGAAAGGAGCACCUUGCAAACAACAACAUUAACCACUGCCCGCACGACAUCAUCUCCUUCUUUCACCUCUAGACUUUCAACGUCCUUGUCUUCUAUUGUGCCAUUGACAGUUCCACAUGAUCAUUGUAGAGAAGUUGAAUAUGAAGAAAAAAUAACUUACAAAGGCUGUUCUGCAAAUGUCACUUUAAGCCGAUGUGAAGGAUCAUGUCCAUCUUCAACAAAGCUGAAUGUUGAGAACAUGAUGGUCACCACAGCAUGCGGCUGCUGUCGGCCACUUCAGCUUCUUAAGAAGGAAUUCCAACUACCAUGCCAAGACCCAGAUGACCCUGGAAAAAGGCUCACUACAGACAUAACUGUAUUUAGUGGUUGUGUUUGUAACUUUGACAGUUGCAUACACUAGACUUGCAAUCAGGCUUCUGAGCAGCUGCCUGGACUGUCAAUGAACUUGACAGAUAAAUUAUUCCUGAUCAGGAGGGUGGGGUGCAGAGAGGAAAGAAUGGGCAGUGUGAAGUUGGGGAGGGAAGACCAUGUCAGAGACUGUCUGGCCUUGUUCAGGGUGAUAAUAUUUAACCGGAGGCUAAAAACUGGCCCAUGCACUGUGCAGUAACAGAAAUUUGACUUUCAAAUAAAGUAGAAGGAAUUGAA